AUGGAUUCUUCUCACAACGCUUGGGCCUCUUCAACCUCUGUCCCUCCAACUGUCCGCCGUACCAAAAAAAAAAGUUCAACCACUGCCGACAACAGCCAAGCAGCGCUUAUUGAGAAACUUGCCCGCGAGAUCAAAACCCUCAAAACCAACCUCAACUCGAAAAAGUCCGCCUCGAAGUCAAAGGGCAAGUCUCCUGCGAACUCUGCCGCCCAUGAUUCCGGCCCGUCCUCCAGCUAUGCCCCGGCUGCCAAGACAAAGGCCCCAGCGCCAACAACCCCAAAAAGAAACCAGCGAGCCACUUCGGCCCCGCCCGAAUUCAUGGGGCCGCCAAAACCCCGCAAGUCAAUUCCUGAGACACCUGCCGCCAAACCUUCCCCCAAGAGACACCCUCAACAAAUGCAAACGGGCGACUUUCCUGCAGCCUUCGGACCAACUAAGACCGCAUUAUUUGUACACAUCAAGAUUCUCUGGGACCUCCUCAAGCAGGACUCGGUUCCUCGGCCCCCCGAAUUAAGCACCCUGGAAGGAUUUUACCAACGCUUCAGACAAGCCGAGCAGAUCAAAGAGGCCGUCCGAUCUGGCUCUGCAAGCCAAGACGUUACCCAAGUCCUAUGCUUGAGAGAUGCUCAGGGUGGUCGCAUCCAAUACGGAAAAUCGAUCAUCCACCUUGGAAGCAAUUUUGUUUGCUAUGCUCAAGGAAUCUUGGCUCAGUUGGGCUUAAGUGUCUGGUGCCCCAACUUGGACAAAGACUUGGCUUCCCUCUACAAUGCAGCACAUCGAAUUGCUGCCCUGACGACAUUCACCAAGCUUGCAGCAACUCCAGCAUUCACCAAGCUUGCAGCAACGGAUUGA